AUGGGAGGGACUGCAGGCCAGCGCCGCGCCGAAAAGGCCGAACGCGAGAACGCCAAGGCGGCGGCGGCGGCAUCCUCGAAAAAGCAAGCUGAGGACGACGCCUACUGGGCCGCGGCGGGAGACGGCGCGAAAUCGAAGGCGGCGGCCCGUAGGGAAGCGUCUGAUGCUGCCGCGGACGAGGCCGCCGCCAAGCGCGCGGAGGCGAAGCGACUGGCCAAGCUCGAGGAGGAAGAGAUGGCUAACAUGGGUAAGCCCAAGAACGCGGCACCCAAGAAGAUGACCAGGGCUGAGCUCGAGGCCUACAAGAACAUGUCUGCGAAGGAUAGGCUCAAGAUGAAGUUUGCUGCUCAAAAGGCAGCGGCGAGGACGGUAGACGAGGAUGAGUACAGCUCGAUGGUGGACGUCAAGAACGAAAACAAGACGGACAAGAUCGACGCCAGCGGUAUCGACGCGGCUGUUGAUGCCAUGGGUGCGCUGGGCGUCGGAGGCGCCGCCCCCGUCCUCACCACAAACCAUAAAGCCGCGUUCAAGGCUUUCGAGGAGAGGGAGCUCCCCAGGCUCAAGGAAGAACGGCCCGGGCUCAAGAUGUCACAGUACAACGAGGCCCUGAGCAAGAUGUGGAAGAAGGACCCGACCAACCCGGCGAACUUCGCGCCACCGGGAAAGUAA